GAAAGGAAAAUAGUCUUUAAAAUCGAUUUUUACAUCUUCAGUGAAAAAAAGCAGACAUUGCUGUGGACCACACAAUUUGUACUUGACAUAGACACGGGAGUACAUUGUUGGGCCACUAGCGUUAGAAGUAUCUGCAGAGUCGUUGUGCUACAGGAUCGUGGGAUACAGUUGGACGGCGUCCCGUGCAAACAGUAGCCCUAUCAACUACAUAUCUCUAUUCCUCCAUUCUGUUUGUCCGAGGUAAUCUAUUGGCCCCCUCCACUUCUUGCCACCUGUACGUAACUCCCACCCUUCCUCUGUCCUCUUAAGCACUCCCUGAUAUCCCCUCACUGAAGACCACUGACAGGCAACUCUCUCCCUCGGCCAGUAUCUGAACUUCCCUGUUUGUUUCACCAACUGCCCAACCUCACGAGGGGGCCAGCAACCCACCCGACACCCCAACAAUGUCCUCCAUCUUGCCUUUCACUCCACCGGUAGUGAAGCGCCUGCUGGGCUGGAAGAAGUCGGCCAGCGGCUCGGGUGGGGCAGGUGGUGGAGAGCAGAACGGACAGGAAGAGAAAUGGUGUGAGAAGGCUGUGAAGAGCCUGGUCAAAAAGCUGAAGAAGACAGGCCAGCUGGAUGAACUGGAGAAGGCCAUCACCACACAGAACUGCAACACCAAGUGUGUCACCAUUCCUAGCAAUUGCUCUGAAAUUUGGGGACUGAGUACACCAAAUACGAUAGAACAGUGGGAUACCUCAGCCCUAUACAGCUACCCUGACCAAACCAGAUCUCUGGAUGGCCGUCUGCAGGUUUCCCACCGUAAGGGUCUCCCUCACGUCAUCUACUGUCGCCUAUGGCGAUGGCCUGACCUGCACAGCCACCAUGAGUUGCGUGCCAUCGACACCUGCGAGUACGCCUUCAAUCUGAAAAAGGAUGAGGUGUGCGUCAACCCUUACCACUACCAGCGAGUGGAGACACCAGUCCUUCCUCCUGUCCUUGUGCCAAGGCACACAGAGAUCCUGACCGAGCUGCCUCCUCUGGAUGACUAUACCCAUUCCAUACCCGAAAACACCAACUUCCCAGCUGGGAUUGAGCCCCCCAAUAACUACAUACCAGAUACUCCUCCACCAGGAUACAUCAGUGAGGAUGGGGAAACUAGUGACCAGCAAAUGAAUCAAAGUAUGGAUACAGGCUCUCCAGCAGAACUGUCACCAAGCACACUUUCACCUGUCAAUCAUGGCAUGGACCUACAGCCGGUCACUUAUUCGGAGCCCGCCUUCUGGUGCUCCAUAGCCUAUUACGAACUCAACCAGCGUGUGGGCGAGACCUUCCACGCUUCACAGCCUUCCCUGACCGUGGAUGGCUUCACAGACCCCUCCAACUCUGAGCGCUUUUGCCUGGGCCUGUUGUCCAACGUCAACCGCAACGCCACUGUGGAGAUGACCCGGAGACAUAUAGGCCGAGGUGUCAGACUGUACUACAUUGGUGGGGAGGUCUUUGCUGAGUGUCUCAGUGACAGUGCCAUCUUUGUUCAAAGCCCCAAUUGUAACCAGAGGUAUGGGUGGCACCCAGCAACAGUCUGCAAGAUCCCCCCAGGAUGUAACCUUAAGAUCUUCAACAACCAGGAGUUUGCUGCACUACUGGCCCAGUCUGUGAACCAGGGCUUCGAGGCAGUGUACCAGCUUACUCGGAUGUGUACCAUUCGCAUGAGCUUUGUGAAAGGCUGGGGGGCAGAGUACAGACGACAGACAGUGACGAGCACUCCAUGUUGGAUUGAGCUGCACCUGAACGGCCCACUGCAGUGGCUGGACAAGGUCCUGACCCAAAUGGGUUCCCCUUCGGUCCGCUGCUCCAGUAUGUCCUAAUGCUAUGGCAAUGGUUCCCCCCUGAAACGACAGAGUCUACAAUCACAACGACGACAACUAGAAGAACAACAGACUUGCUAUAACCCCUCUUUCAUAGUACUUGUGACCCCCUUUCUCCCAACACUGAUGUUUUCACUGUUCGGAACAGAACAUGGCACUUGCUGUCACAUCAGCUUCAUGCACCUUUAAUUCUUUUUCUCCUAAACCCUCAAUAUUAAAUGUUUUAGUGGUAGAAUCAAAAUGUAUGUUGAUUUUUAGAGGACCAGAAAAGGUGUGUAUGUUGUGGGGAAUUACCAGAAGGCAGUUGAUACUUGGCACAAGUGUUGAGGUAAAGCUUCUUCCCCUUGAUGAAGUUAAUGGUAAUAGUAAAUACUUCUGGCUUUGUGCUUCAAUUUUUCUUUUUUCCCCCCACUCAACAAAAGGCUAGUUUUUCUGGGGAAAAAGUAUUGAACUCCUCACAUCUGAACCCCUGUAAGAUUGACAGGAGCAAAGUUUUCAGGCUUUGUUACUUUCCCAACCUCAAUAUUUUCAAGGAAUGCCAAAAGACACCUUUUUCAUUUAAGCUUCAC